GGCUAAUGACGUCAUGUAAGCAUGGCAGCGCGGAAGUGCGACAGAAGUAAACAAACGUGUGAAUCUGUCAAAAAGCCUCGUUAAGCCGCGAUGAGCUCCGUCUGAGGCUCAUGGGCGACCCGAUGGCCGGCAGGAGGCAGUCAGCUGGAGACGAUGGGGAGCGGGGUCUCAUCGUGCCUCCCCCCCGAGGAGACCCGGACCGGGACCCCCCGCCCUCGCCGGCCUUCAUCUACGUGCUGGCCUUCUUCUCGGCCCUGGGGGGGUUCCUGUUCGGCUACGACACGGGCGUGGUGUCCGGGGCCAUGCUGCUGCUGAAGCGGGAGCUGAACCUGAGCGCGCUGUGGCAGGAGCUGCUGGUGUCCAGCACGGUGGGGGCCGCGGCCCUCUCCGCCCUGGCGGGCGGCUACCUGAACGGCCGGCUGGGCCGCCGCCGCUGCAUCCUGGGGGCCAGCUUGGUGUUCGCCGUCGGGGGGGUCCUGCUGGGCGCGGCCCCCAACCGGGGGGUGCUGCUGCUGGGCAGGGUCACGGUGGGGCUGGGCAUCGGCAUUGCUUCGAUGACGGUGCCCGUGUACAUGGCAGAGGUGUCCCCCCCCCAGCGCCGGGGUCAGCUGGUCACCCUCAACUCCCUGUUCAUCACGGGGGGGCAGUUCAUCGCCAGCGUGGUGGACGGAGCCUUCAGCUACAUGAGCCGCGACGGAUGGAGGUUCAUGCUGGGCCUCUCCGUCCUGCCCGCCCUGCUGCAGUUCUGCGGCUUCCUGUUCCUGCCCGAGAGCCCGCGCUGGCUGCUGCAGAAGGGCCGGGGCCAGGAGGCCCGGCGGGUGCUGGUCCGGAUCCGGGGAGACCCGGACGUGGAGGACGAGUUCCAGGCCAUCCGGGCCGGCGUGGAGGAGGAGCAGAAGGGCGGCGCCGCCGGAGGUCCAGGGGGCGUGGUCAUCCUGCGGAUGCUGGCCCACGGUCCGACCCGCCGGGCCCUCGCCGUCGGCUGCGGCCUGCAGAUGUUCCAGCAGCUGUCGGGGAUCAACACCGUCAUGUACUACAGCGCCACCAUCCUGCAGAUGGCCGGUGUGCGGGACGACAAGGAGGCCAUCUGGCUGGCCGCCGCCACCUCCGCCACCAACUUCCUGUUCACGCUGGUGGGGUUCUGGCUGGUGGAGCGGGUCGGCCGCCGGAAGCUGACGCUGGGCAGCCUUCUGGGUACCGGUCUCAGUCUGGCGCUGCUGGCCGUCGGGUUCCUGCUGUCGGCCCAGAACUCUCCACUCGUCACCCUCGACCCGGUCGACCAGAACUCCACCUGCAGCCUCCGCCGGUCCUGCGAGCGCUGCAUGCUGGACCCGGGUUGUGGGUUCUGUUACCGUGACAACGGCACCAGCGUCUUCGAGUCGUCCUGCGUCCCCGUCAGCCGGGAGACCAGCGACCACGCGGCCUGGGGAAGGUGCUCCAACGUGACGGAGGCGGCUGGCAGCCCGAUCUGGGCGUACAACUUCUGCCCCACGUCCUACUCCUGGGUCGUCCUGGUGGGCCUCAUCCUCUACCUCGCCUUCUUCGCUCCAGGAAUGGGUCCGAUGCCGUGGACGGUGAACUCUGAGAUUUACCCGCUGUGGGCCCGCAGCACCGGGAACGCCUGCUCCGCCGGGGUCAACUGGACCUUCAACGUCCUGGUGUCUCUGACGUUCCUCCACGUCGCCGAAUAUCUGACGUACUACGGCGCCUUCUUCCUGUACACGGGCCUGGUGGUUCUGGGGCUGCUGUUCGUGCUGGGCUGCCUCCCCGAGACGCAGGGCCGGCAGCUGGAGGACAUCGAGAACCUGUUCACCGGGCCGCUGUGCUCCUGCGGGGGCCCGGACCCCGACGACCGGCGCCACGUGCACUACAUCCGGGUAAAAGGCAGCAACUACCUCCACUCUGACAACGAAGCCUCCGACGUAGACUAGACGGGGCCCGGGUUCUGGUUCCGGUUUCUGGUUCCGGUUUCUGGUUCCACUCUCAUUUUCUGUUUGAAACCUGGGAUAUCGGUGCUGCCCCCUGGUGGUUGUGACCAAACCCACAGGUGAGCGCUCCCGGAGCUGACUUUACCUGGGACGCUCCCUCGCUUGGGUGACUUGCACGCCGCUUUAGUUAUUAUUAUUUUUAUUUUUUUUACUUGGGUGACUUGCACGCCGCUUUAGUUAUUAUUAUUUUUUUUAUUUUUUUCCAUCUGCCUUCGUCUCACCUGGGAGUUGAGCUGCUUUCCGUAUUUUUUCCUGCCGCAUCUUCUGCUCAUCUCCGAUCGUCCUCUUCAUCGGGAUAAAAGGGAAGCAAGAGUUACCAACGCUGAAAAAACGGUUUAUCCGAACCCACCAUUCCUCCAGCCCGGCUGGAUCUUUGCAUGAUUGCUUUUCCUACUGUCUCAAACACCAGCAAAAACAUCUUUGUCCACUUUAAUCCCUCCAGAAACUGGGCAAUGGCCACGGUUACAUGAUGUUUUUUAAUUCGGAAUUAAUUAUUCCAAAUUAAAUAAUUCCGAAUGAAACUAUUUUCCUUUGAGUUUACAUGGAAAUACUAAUUCCGAAUUGAGGUUUACGUGGAAAACACAUUUGAUCGGCUUUAUCCAAUUCCUCUUAAGGUCUGGGGGUUGGGAAGGUUCUGAAGAAAAACAAACUUACCCGCUACAACUUUGAAAAGCUCACCAUUUUUAUGUUUCCUGCCAUCUGUUCUUUUAAUAAAUUCCUGGUCCUCCAAGCUAUUUAUUAAAUAAACGGUCUCUGCUCUUGACCACCGUUUACUGCGUGCUGCCAUCUUGAAACUUUGUUUAGAAAACAAGCCCAGCGCGGAAGCAUCAUUGCGACAGACGGGCGAGCGAACGAGCAGCGCAGAAAGACCGGAACUAAUUUAAAGCGGAAUGAGUGUUUACUUGAUCGCGGAAUUAUUCUAUUCGGAUUUAAAAUCGGAAUAAACCAUCCACUUACUUCGGAAUUAAGUUUAAUUCGGAAUGGCCAUUUUCAUUCGGAAUUAGGUUUUUACAUGGUAAUUUUUACUCAUUUUAAAUCGGAUUUAAUUUUAAUUCUGAAUUAAAGAGGAAUUAAACUUCCCAAGUAAACGCACUGAGUGAGAUUUCUAGAAUGAGUUUUUAAAUCCUUUUUAGCGACGGUCCGAGUUUGGUCCAGCAGACUACGGAUCGGUGGCAUCCGACGGCGGCGUAGCCUACAUAACUGUAAGUACGGCGCCUGGCGGCGUAGCACAGCUUCGCACGCCUUUUUAAUGAGCGGCUCUCAUGUCCUUGUUCCUACAGCUGAGAUAAUCACGACCAAGAACGCCUGAACGACUCCAUACCGAAUGUCUCCUUGUUCACUUUGAUGUCUGCCAGUUUACUUUACUUUAACGGUACUGAAGGAAUCUACGGAUCAAACUGUCGUUUAAUCAAGUGAAACCAUUGAGUCUUGAGAAAUUGCACAAGUUGUCCACAUGGGAACACAUUUUCUGCAUAUUUUAUAGUGACAUUUUUUUCUUGUUAUAACAUAAUUAAUUAAAAAUAAAAACGUAAGGCAUUAACGUCCAUGAUCCAUUCAUGUAAAACUACCAGACCUCUGUUGUGGGUAAAUAAAAAAUGUUUUGUUAAAUGUUC